UGUCCAACUGGGCAUUAUUAGGAUUCGUUGGAAAAAAGACAAAAUUUUAUGCACACUGCACACGGGAAGCUUGGUGGAGACGAAAAUGGAGGAGAUAAUAGCUACAGAUCAGCUAUCGAAGUUCUUAGAAUCUGGCAUAUACCGUUUUGAAAGUUCGAAUGCCGUUUUUAUGGAUCCUGUUCGCGUACUCAAUCGAUCCUAUACCAGUUUUAGGGUUUCUCCGUCUACCUACUACUCCCGUUUCUUCGAAUCCAAACAUGCUGAUCAAGCAAGAACAGCCUCUUCAGAUAAAAUUUCUAGGAAGCGAAAACGUAAGCAGAGAAGGCCUCAGAUCCUCAACGAAAGAGAACAAGUCGCUGAUCAACGGCACCAGCUAGUGAGGUCUUUGUUAAUGGAGGCGCAUGAGUCAUUACUUGGAGCUGAUGAUUUAUUAGCUGUUGUUAGGAAUCUAAGGGAGAAUUUUUGUUCGUCAGAUUCAAAGGCAAAGGAAUGCGGCAAGGACUUAUGGACUGGUGUUGAACAAUCUUUUGUUGAACUCGGAAGGGUGUGGCAGGCUCCUCUAUUUGAGAUAACAGUCAGUUCUAAACAACGUAACAGGCCAGAUAGCUUUGCAGGUAAUAUGAUCAACCAAUGCAAUGAAGAUAGAGUGCUUCCUUUAUUUAAUUGUUUAGUUGGUAACAUGACCAGUGAUGAUGCGGAGGCUAAAGUACUUGAUAGGCGGUACAUAAUACCCAGAGAGAGUAGCUUCUACAUGUCUGAUCUGGGGCAGAUUCACAAUGUUAUUCCAGCUGAUUCUGAUUGUGGCUACAGUCUUAUAAUCAUUGAUCCACCAUGGGAAAAUGGAAGUGCUUAUCAAAAGUCGAUGUAUCAAACUCUGCCAAAUCGAUAUUUCCUAUCCCUUCCUAUCAAGCAACUUAUCCACACAGAAGGAGCACUUUUAGCCUUGUGGGUUACCAAUAGGGAGAAAUUGCUUAACUUUGUAGAGAAUGAGCUAUUUCCUGCUUGGGGGGUCAGAUUUGCGGCUACUUUUUAUUGGUUGAAGGUGCAGGCAGAUGGAUCGCUGAUUAGUGAUAUAGACCUAUUUCAUCAUAGGCCUUAUGAACGCCUUCUUUUGGGCUACUGUGAUGGUGUGGGCAUGAACUCUGAACACCUGUCAAAGGUUAUACCAAUAAAGGAUAAUCAAGUCAUUAUAAGCAUUCCAGGAGAUUACUCAAGGAAGCCUCCAAUUGGAGACUUACUUAUGGAGCAUGUUCCAGCGCUUAAGCCUACUCGAUGCAUUGAACUGUUUGCUAGAGAAAUGAUGGCUGGAUGGGUUUCCUGGGGUAAUGAGCCCCUUUACUUUCAGGAGUCUGGGUAUUUCCAACAAAUUUAAACAGAAUACAAGAUCGUACUAAGAGGAGGCCUUUUUGCUGGGAACUAGUCACUUGGACUUGCCUCUGGAAUUCUGGAUAUUCCCUACACAUUUGCACUAAAAGGACGCCUUUUUGCUGGGAACUUGCAAUGUGGAUCUGCCUGAAGGUUCUUCUAUUUCAAAUAUAUGUUGUUGGUAAGUUGGGGUUCACAUGUUGUUACUAAGUAUUGUUUCUGCCUAUUGAGCAUCGAAGUGCAGGGUAUGUUAAUUCCAUUAAUUCUUAUUUUUUCCAAGACAACAGAAGUUAAUCUCUGCCUUCGAUUGAAAAGUUCUCGGGAUUGACUCUUCCAUAUUUGGUUCAGCCACUCAUAGGAACCUCCUGGAUGAAGAGGUCAAGAAGUAUGCUAUGCCAAUCCAGAAGGGAUAGAAGACCAUCAUCAAGGACAAUCAUGGUAGGUGCAUUAUCUGGUACCAUAAAGCUGCUGCUGAAGGAUGUCUACUAUGGGCAGAAAAUCCCAAAGGUUUAGCUUCUACAUCAUCUUACCUCCUCGUUCACGUAGUAUCUAUGUUCAACUUCUCUGGCACAUAGAUUCACUUGCUGUGGCUGGCUUGAAUGUGCUUCGUUGAAGCAACUUUCACGGCAACUUAUUGGAGUUGUGCUGAUUAUAUUUUCAGUUCAGCUGAUUACGGGAUUUAUAAUAUUUAUGAGUUGCUAUUGAGAUCA